AAAAAAGACCGAAACAGAAGAGACACGCAAACAUAUCCAUUAGUCACAGGGUUUGUUCUUGCGGCAGUUCUUAUUACCAGAAAGGAAAUAAAGUCGUAACCUUUGUCUUAAAAAAGAUAAGAAGGUGGUUAUAGUGAGGGAGACAGAGUCAGUUUGUGUGUCAGGUGAAGAGAGAGACGAGAAGAUGGAGAACACAGACGAACUCGUGUCCAUUGAGCUACCAGCUCCUGCUUCAUGGAAGAAACUGUUUUAUCCGAAAAGAGCAGGUACACCGAGGAAGACAGAGAUUGUGUUCAUGGCUCCAACGGGUGAGGAGAUUAGCUCACGCAAGCAGCUUGAGCAGUACCUCAAGGCUCAUCCUGGGAAUCCUGUCAUCUCUGAGUUUGACUGGACAACUGGGGAGAGUCCAAGGCGGUCGUCUAGGAUCAGCCAGAAGGUGAAGGCUACAACCCCCACUCCUGACAGGGAACCUCACAUGAAGAAAAGGAGAUCUUCUCUCACUAAGAAGGACAUGAAAGAGGCUGCUGAGAAGGAGAACAAGGAGGGUGAAAAGACUGAGGGUGGAGCAGAAGUGGCAGAGGCUGAGAAAGAGAACAAGGAGGGUGAAAAGAAAGAGGGUGGAAAGAAAGAUGGAGAAGUUGUGACGGACAAGAAAGAGCCCAUGGAAGUUGAUACCUCUGAGGGGGAGAAGAAGACUGAAGCGGGGAACAAGGAGGGAGAGGGUGUGAUGGACAAGAAAGAGCCCAUGGAAGUUGAUACCUCUGAGGCUGAGAAGAAGACUGAGGCUGAUAACAAGGAGGGGGAAGCUGUGACGGAGAAGAAAGAGCCAGUGGAAGAGGAUACCUCUGAGGUUGAGAAGAAGACUGAGAGUGGAGGAAUAGCUGAAGAGCCUCCCAAGGUUGAAGAACCACAGGAAGUUGUUGCUGAUGGGGAGAAUAAGCCUGCAGAGAAAGAGACUGAGAACAAGGGAAGCGUGGCAGCAGCAGAAGCAAACGGAGAAAAGAAUGAGUCCAGCCUUGAUGCUGAAGCUACUAAGGGAGAUGAAACCAAAGAAGCUGACGAGAAGAAGACAGAUGGUGAGCCUAACCUUGACGCAGAAGUUAACAAGGGGAAUGGAACGCAAGAAGCUGAUGAGGAGAAGAAGACAGAAGCUGUAACCGAGGAGAAAAGUAACGACGUGAAGGGGGAAGACAGAGAGGUGAAUCAAGUUCAACAGCAACAGGGGGCUGCGGCGUCAGUGAGCUGUUAAAAAAGACCACCUAUAGAGCACGUUACAGAACGUGCAAGAAGAGUUUGUUGUUUGUAUGAUUUCAGGUGUAGUAGCCAUUGACAUUAUGAGUGGUUGGUUGUUGUAUGUGCUUGUAGAAGAACUAGUGUGUCUCAUCUCUCUGUAGUUCAGUUCAUAAUUAUCAUCAUUAGACUCGUGUACUUGUGUACUUUUGGUGUGUUGUUAAUGUUUGGCAUUUUAGUUUGUUUCUA